AUGACUUCUAGCUCAAAAACCUCGGCUAAGUCAGCCACCUUUGAAGUGGGGCCAAAUUAUGUAGACUUUAAAAUGCUGGGAGAAGGAGCCUACGGCGUUGUUUUUUCAGCCGUUGAUAAUCGGUCUGGCGAACGCGUUGCCAUAAAAAAAUCAACUCCAUUCGAACACCAAACCUUUUGUCAGAGAACAUACAGGGAGGUCAAAAUAUUACUCCGUUUCAAACACGAAAAUAUCAUUGAUAUAAGAGAUGUGAUACUCGUCGGAGACACACUGGAGACUAUGAAAGAUGUAUACAUUGUUCAAACGUGUAUGGACACUGAUUUGUAUCGGUUGCUGAAAAGUCAAGCCAUUUCAAAUGAUCACAUAUGUCUCAAAUACAUCCAUUCUGCUAAUGUCAUACACCGUGAUUUGAAACCAUCCAACCUGCUUAUUAAUGCUAAUUGCGACCUCAAAAUUUGCGAUUUUGGUCUAGCUCGACUGAACGACCCGAUGCACGACCACAACGGUAUGCUGACAGAGUAUGUGGCCACACGCUGGUACCGCGCGCCCGAGAUUAUGCUCAAUUCCAAGGGUUAUACGCACGCUAUCGAUGUCUGGUCGGUUGGAUGCAUCUUUGCCGAGAUGUUUGACCGCCAACCGCUCUUCCCCGGCAAGCACUAUGUCGAUCAGUUGACACUCAUUCUUCAAGUCUUAGGCUAUCCUGCGGAGGGUGACAGGGAGUGGAUCGUCAAUACCAAGGCUGCUAGCUUUGUGAACCGGUUCCUAACGUACUCGAAACAGCCUUGGAAUCGCCUCUAUCCCAACGCCACCCCUCAAGCACUGGACCUCCUGGACCGACUAUUGGCCUUCAAUCCUGCCUCUCGAAUCUCCGUCGAGGAUGCCCUAAAGCAUCCUUAUCUGCGGUCUUUCUACGAACCCAAUGAUGAGCCGGUGUGUGAGAAUCCUUUCGAGUACGAGGAGGAGAAGGUAGACGAGCAGCCGAUAGAGAAGUUGAAACAGAUGAUGUUCGACGAGGUUUGCAAGCUUCAUCAGCGUCAGCAGCUACAGGCGACGAGAGCACAGCAGUCCGCGUAG